UGGCAAUCCAUCCAUCUAGAUACGUAGUAUGCCCAUCCAUCAAUCUCGGUCAGCCUGCACGGCCCGGCUCCUCCGCGUUAUUAUUCCCCUUGCCACAUGUUAAACUCGCAAGCUUGUCCCAUCUCCCAGUCAUCAGAUUUCGAAGAAGACUCCUCCCCCCUCUAUCCCCUUCCCCAUCUUGAACGUUUCCCUCCCCGUUCCCGGAAGUCUGUUCUUUAUUAAGUAGCAGCACGGCCACCACCCACCCACGCUGCUCCCAAAAACGUUGCUCGACCGCAGCGCUGACGAACGCGCGCUUACACCCCAAGACGACGGACGAACGCACGCACGCACGCACGCAUCAUCGCCCACCUCCCCCGCGCCAUCAUCAUGCCUGCCGUCAAGGAGCAGCUCCUUGGCCGCGUGCCCAUCGUUGCCAGCAAGCUUGCCGGCCACGCCGCCUCCACCACCACCACCACCACAAUGGACGUCGGUCAGCCUGAAGAGCUGACGGCGACAGCUGUUGCUGGUGCUGGUGCUGGUGAUGGUGGUGCGCCGGCCCUUGACAUCAUCGAUAUCCGUCGCGACAAGGUCGAGAUCAACCUCAAGGACGAGCUCGCCGCGCUCUUCAACCCGGCCGCCGGCGCCGGCGCCCGGUCGCUGCCCACGCUGCUGCUGUACGACGCCAAGGGCCUGCAGCUGUUUGAAGAUAUCACAUAUCUGGACGAGUACUACCUCACCAACUACGAAAUCGAGCUGCUCAAGCGGUCGUCGGCCGAGCUUGCGAGCAAGAUCCCAGCGGGAUCCAUGGUGAUUGAACUGGGGAGCGGGAACCUGCGCAAGGUCUGUCUCCUCCUUCAGGCGUUUGAAGAUCAGGCCAAGCCUAUCGAUUACUACGCCCUUGACCUGUCGCAGAAGGAGCUCGAGCGCACCCUCGCACAUGUCCCGGCUUUCACGCACGUCUCGUGCCACGGCCUGCUGGGCACGUACGAUGACGGCAAGGAGUGGCUGAGGCAGCGGGAGCUCCUGCGCCGGCCCAAGUGCAUAUUGCACCUGGGAUCUAGCAUCGGAAACUUCAGUCGCGAUGAGGGCGCCGAGUUUCUGCAGGACUUUGCGGACCUGCUUCAGUCUGAAAAUGACUGCAUGAUUGUCGGGCUCGACUCGUGCGGCGACCCGGACAAGGUCUACCGUGCAUACAACGACAGCAAGGGCGUGACUCAUCAGUUCAUCCUCAACGGCCUCGCGCACGCCAAUGAGAUAUAUGGCGAAAAGGUCUUUGACGUGGACGAGUGGGUCGUCAUCGGCGAGUACGUCUACGACGACCAGGGCGGCCGCCACCAGGCCUUUGUCGCCCCCGUCCGCGAGACCACCGUCCUCGGCUCCGUCGUCAAGGCCCGCGAGCGCGUCAAGAUCGAGCAGAGCCUCAAGUACUCCAAGCUUGGCGCGGAGAAGCUCUGGAAGGGAGCCGGCCUCGUAGAAGAGGCCGUGUGGACGCGCCACGGCGAGUAUGGUGAGUACACACCAGAGCAGAGAGUCGUCAUCGUCAUCGUCAUCAUCAUCACCAUCAUCAUCAUCAUCACCAUCACCAUCACCAUCACCACCACCACCACCACCAUCACCGUAAACAUGUGA